GUAUUAACUCAAAUAGCUCACUAGAUGUUUAGUACUACUCUGCAUCAUCUUCCUCGUCGUCCGACUCUUCCUUGUUUCACCAGUUCUCGAGUUUGCAGGAAAAUUGUUUCGAAAAGAAUGAGUACGAAUCCAGCAAUUGAGCCUAAAGUUCGCCAAUUCGAAUCGGUUGAAGGAGCUGAUAUUAGUUCAAGAAGUAAAUCUGAUGGUAUCAGAUUCCGUCUAGUUUCGUAUAACAUUUUAGCUCAGGUUUAUGUGAAGAGUGCCCUUCUUCCACACUCUCCACCUGCCUGUCUCAAGUGGAAAGCUCGUUCACAUGCAAUUCAUAGCGUUCUCAAAAAUCUCGAGGCUGAUUUCUUUUGUCUGCAGGAAGUAGAUGAGUACGAUAGCUUUUACAGAAAAAACAUGGAGUCUCUGGGCUAUUCUGGGAUAUAUAUUCAGAGAACAGGACAGAGGAAGCGUGAUGGUUGUGCAAUCUUCUACAAGCCAAGCUGUGCAGAAUUGGUCACUAAGGAACGGAUCGAAUAUAAUGAUCUUGUGGACUCAUUAAAGGCAGAUAGUGUUACCUGCAGCGAACAGAAGAUUGAGACAUCCAACGAAGGAAAAGGUGAUGCCAAAGCGAAAGAUUCUCGGAAAGACAGUCGUGACCUUAAUGAUCCACUAGUGAGACUAAAACGGGAUUGUGUUGGAAUAAUGGCUGCUUUUAGAAUCAACAAGCCAUUUCAUCACAUUGUUAUCGUGGCAAACACACAUCUUUACUGGGACCCGGAAUUGGCUGAUGUCAAGCUUGCUCAAGCCAAGUACCUCUUAUCACGACUAGCUCAGUUCAAAACGCUAAUAUCAGAUGAAUUUGAGUGCACACCUUCGUUGCUACUAGCCGGUGACUUCAAUUCAAUUCCUGGGGAUAAGGUUUAUAGUUACCUAGUAUCGGGUACUGUAAAACCCGCAGAGACCAUAAUAGAAGAAGAAGCUCCACUUCCUCUAUCUAGUGUCUAUGAAGUCACAAUAGGAGAGCCUAAGUUCACAAAUUGCACUCCUGGCUUCACAAACACACUUGACUACAUCUUCUUCUCUCCUUCUGACUUGAUCAAACCUGUGAGUAUCCUCCAACUACCUGAACCGGAAUCUCCAGAUGUUGUCGGUUUCUUACCCAAUCAUCACCACCCGAGUGAUCAUUUACCAAUAGGAGCUGAGUUUGAGAUUUGUCGGGGAUAGAAAGUUUUGUUCAGUAGAAAUUUUUGUUGCAUUACUCCAUUGUUUCACCAAAGGAAACAUACACAACACAGUACUUGAAAGACAAAUCAUUUUUGUCCCUAUAAACUUGGAAUUUUCAUUUUUUGCAUUGUUUUCAUUGGAGUAUUGAGAGAAUAUAUGAACUUUUUCUAUAGAAGAAAUU